AUGAACUAUUCCAAAUUGUUAAUAAUAUUGAACUGUUAUUUGCUGAUGUUUUUCCAACAAACUGCGGCACAAUUUGGUGGUAUGGGAUAUAAUCCGUAUGGUGGUAUGGGUGGAAUGGGAGGUAUGGGUGGUAUGUUUGGAUCAGCUGGUAGGUAUCCAAUGUAUGGUUACUAUCCACAAUAUCCAAUGUAUGGUUCUUAUCCGUGCUACACAAGUAUAUAUUGUGGCGGAGGCUAUUAUGGUUACGGACAAUAUCCAUAUUAUGGCAAUAGUUUCAGGAGCGGCUUUUCCAGCAGCAGUAGCAGUGGUUUCUCCACAUCUUAUGCAUCGAAUGGAGGUUUCUUUGGUUAA